UAGGGGAGCUGUACUAAUGGCGGAGAACGUACGGUCGCCUUUUGAGUACCGGGAGCCACCGACCCUCGACAGCGACGGGGAUGGGAGCAAGCCGCCGCCGCCCCGGGGGAGGGUGUGUGUCAGGAAAAGGAAGGGUACCCCUGUGAAGGUGUGUGACCGGGCCUACGUGACAGAGGAUGAAGAGGAGGAGGAAGAGGAGAGUAUGUCUGAACACAGCUACAGUCCAGGUGAUGGACAGUACCCAGACGGAGCGGAGGACAGACUGCCUCCAACCGGAAGCCCAUACUACCUCGCCGACCCCUCCCAGCUCUGUGUGUCGGAGCUGGGCGAGGAGGGAGCGAGUGGGGUCCGGGGGCCAGUGCUCUUCCACCCCCCGCCCAACUGUAGGAUCCGAGAGGUGCACUGCGGGAGUCAGGUGCGGCUGGUCGUCAUAGCGAUUCGCGACAUUGCCAAAGGGGAGGAGAUCACAGUGGACUACAGCCUGAUGGACUGGGGAGAGAAUGCCAUGGAUGAAGAGCCUGGCCCCCACCCGCUGUCUCUCUCCGACUACCUCACCCCCUCCUGGUCCCUCUCCCCCUCCUCCUCCCCGCUAACCCACACUGAGCCCAGCGAUUCGGACCGAGAGGAAGAGGAGGAAGACGACGAUGACGACGAAGAAGAAGAGAUGGAGGAGUUGAGGGGCCGCAUGCUCCGCCGCCGAAAGAAGCGCAAAAUAGCCACCCCCGUCCCCACCAAGAAGAAGAGUGUCGCCAACCCCAGGGCCGGACCCGGGCGCCCCUGCUCAUCCUCCUUCUCCCGGCUGGCUGCCUCCUCGACCUCGACCCCGGCCCAGACCCCGUCUCAGCCCGCCACCCCGCUGGCGCCCCCCACCACCAACAUCAACAACAACAUCAACAUAAACAUCGGCAGCUCCAGCGGGGCCACGGUCAGCCGGCGGCAGCACUGCCCCUACUGCGGCCGCCACUACCGCUCUCUGGCACGCCACCUGGAGAAACACCAUGCCAACCAGCCAGAGGUCAGGGCUGCCAUGGAGCUAUCCGCACUCCACACACACCCUUCCUCCUCUACCUCCUCCUCGCACGGCCACAUCUUCGCCUCCCCCCAGCCCUCCUCUUCCUCUGCUCCCGCCCCUCCCCCUCUUUUCUCCAGGGAGAGAGAGAGGGAUGCGGUGGCCGCUCGAAGUUCCUCGGGGGCGGUCUCCUUUUCACUCUCACUCUCCCCACCCUCGGAUUCUCAGUCGGCCGCGGCCAAAAAAGCCUCCAACUUAUCGGUUCAGACGCCCAAGCCAGGCUCCGCCCCUGCAGUGGCACCGGUGAAAAGUCCUCCCACAUCAACGCCACCCAGGAGGGGCCGCAAGCCGAAGAGAGAGAAGGAGGAGCAGCAGAAAGCGGGGGAGUCCAUCGGGAGCAAAGAGGAAGAGAUGCCUCCACCUCCUACCCCCAAGCCGGAGGAAGAAGAGCUGGAUGAGGAGCUGAGUGGAGCGGGGACAGUAGAGAGUCCUGGGGACUGGAGUACACCGAUGGCUAGCUCCCACAGACACCACAUGCCCCCUCUCCUCUCUUCCCUCUCCUGCCUGGUGCUCUACCUGAGCCGGCAGCAGCACUCUUCCUUCUUGUCUCUCACUCGCUCCCCCAGUUCGGCUGAGGCCUGGCGCCUCCUCUGCCAUUCCAGCCUGGCGCUGCUCAUCCUCUACAACCGCCACCGAGAGUGUGAGGUGGCCAAGCUCACCACCCAGGACUACCACAACCGCACCCCCCCCCCAAGCCCCACCCUGACCCAGGCUAACUCAGCCAACACCCCCCCCACAGGCAUGGAGGCCAUCCUCUCCCCCUUCGAGCAUCAGGUCCUCUGCCACCUCCCCCGGGCAGGUGUGCUGGGCAAGCGGGGGCGCAUCCAGCCCCUCAUCCUGCCCCCGCACUGCGAGUCCUGCCUGGACCUUCUCCUUCAGACCUCCUCCAACGUGGGCGUCGACCCCCACAGCCCCUACGUCUUCUCCCGGCCCUUCCACUCGCCCGCAACGCCGCUCCGGGGCACCGACCUACUGCGCAACCUGGCACGGGCCAGCGGCGCCAAGAACCCCAGGGCGUUGACCCAGACACGGGCGCGCCAGCAGGUGGCCAUUCUCACCCAGCUACUGCUCCUGGAGGAAGGCGAGGGGCAGGGCCAGCCGGGCGGGGCUGCCGCCAAGCGCCUGGAAGACUUCCUGCAGAGGGAGUACCACGUGACCCAGAGCUGUGCCACGAUAGGCCGAGACCCGGCGCUGAUGGGCCGUGUGGGCAGGGUGGUGAUCUAUGGGGAAAAGGAGGGGGUCCUCUUCAGAGGGAUGAGUCUGCAGCACAUCUGUCUGGAGCUGGAUGUGAUGUCAGGAAACUCUGCAGACUCCUUCUCAGACAACUCGGAUGUGGAGGCAGAGAAGGUGAAGGAGAAGGUUAAAGAGAAGGUUAAGGAGAAGGUUAAGGAGAAGGUGGAGGAGAAGGUGGAGGAGGUGAAGAAGCAACCAGGUCAACCCCCCAGCAAGAAUAAAGCCCCCGCUCCCUCCUCGGUCAACCCCUCGCUCCCUGCUGCCCACAAGAGGAGGAUCAUUCAGCCCAAGUCAGGGAAGCGUGGGGUGCUGAAACGGCCCUGGUCGGAGGCGGAGCGCAUCGCCGUGGAGACGCACCUGAAGAGGAACAUCAUGGAGCAGCGCGUGCCAGCCAAGGCGGACUGCGAGCGCUGUCUGCAGCUCUGUCCCCUGCUGGUCAGCAACCAGCGUGACUGGAGAGCCAUUAAGUUCUACUGCCACAACCGUAUCCAGCUACUGAAGAAGCAGGGCAGGAGGGAGAGGGCAGGGCACUCUGUUAGAUAGAGAUGGGAGAGAGCGAGAGAUCUGACUCCUACCAUCUGGAGUGACCCUAUUCUAGUCCUGGAGAAGUGCAGUCUGCUUGUUUUUCGACCGAAUUUACCUGACCUCUGACCUGACCUUAGAGGUCGUUCCUGGGACUUAGGUGUACAGUAUCAGUCCUAGCCCUGUAGCCCAGUAAUGCAGUGUUGUCUUCAUCAAGAGUCAAGGAGAGAAUUAACUGGGAUUAGUUGAAAUGUCUCCUCUGACCAGGGGACAUAUCCACAUAGUGUCUCAAAAGGGUCUAGGAAUCCUGUUAAAACCGUUUUUUUAAGACUAAAAAAACUCCCAGCCCACAGUAGGUUUUAGGAUGUUAAGACACUGACCAGACAAACUCUGAGCCAGGAGUAACAUCAACUCCUAAAAAGUUUAUCUCAGCUGGUCAUCACGACAGUUUGAGGUACCGAUGGUGAUGACACUCAUCGUUGUAAAUUAUGGGAAAUAACCAAUCACGAAGAGGCAUGGCCAGCUGUGAACUGUAUAGCACGUUUCAGACACCCAGAUGAAUGUGACUGUACAUCAAAUGUAAAACACUUGAUAUAAUUCGUCUGACACAAUCACUUUGUCUACUCCUAAUUAUUGCCUAAUAUGUUGGCAUGCAUAACCUUCUUUUUUUUUUACCAAUUGUGAUGUUUGUUAAAAGCGUACGUUUUAUAAUAUUGUCGCUAACACUCUGAACUCCUAGAUAACGACUCUAAAUGUAUUUUGUACAGUACUGUAGGCAUCAAGUCUCUUACUGAUAAUGUUGCAUAAAAAGUUGUAUCAUUUUCAUCACCCAAUCAAAGUUAACAUAGGCCCUAAAUACCGUCAGUGGCCCAAUAUUAGUUAGGCAUAUUAUUUAACAAUGUUGCAGGCCUUUUUUUAAAUGACCAAGACACCUGCUGGUAACUCUUAACUGGUGAGGUCAGCUCAUGAGGUCUCCUAAAUAUAUCUGUCAACUAGGUUAGGACCCUUAUGACUAAAUAGGUUUAAUGUCUAGCUUUUAUUUUUACCCGUAAGGGUAGGAGUAAAAUGUCUCUAUUCUCAGCACUUACGACACAUUUUCUACUCUGAGACGCUUUGUGGAUACGGACCCUGGAUACGGACCCUGGAUUAUGGAACAAUGGUCCUAGAAGUUACUGGAGAAUCACGAGUUUUAAAACCCUUUAUUUCAAUCUGUUGGGAAAUGACUGAGAAAGGGAGGGAGUUCAGAGGAGUGGAGCCACCUCCACUGAAGGCUGAAGACUAAAUGUGAGUAUUAGGUUGUCUUUACAAAGAUGGAGGAAGAAACAUAUGGUUUGAACCAAUAAGAUCCCCCCUAGAAUGAGCAUACAUGUCAUACGGGAUGAGCUGUUUGAUAUGGAUAACUGACUGGCGUGAACUCUAACCAUUACUAUCACGGCCAGCUGUGUUUUUAACGGUAUCGAUCAAAGUAUUGGACCAUGAUGCACCAGUGAACUCGUUCACACACAACUCUGUACCACGGUUUCAGUUAAACUGAUAUGAAACAAGGCACGCAUACUUUAAAUUGUUUAUCAUGUCUGUUUUUUAAAAUAUUUUGUAGUCAUUUUACUCGACACUAUAAUACGGUCUUGUUAGUAACAAAUGUAAAUACGUGCUAAUCAAGAAUGAAAUUUGACGUAGUAGUGGUUAUAAAGUUGGUCGUAUUGUGCUAAGGUGUACAUAUUGUAAAUACCACAUUUUGAAGUGUUUUCUGAACCACAAAUUGUAACGUGAUAUUUUGCACUAUGGUAACAGAAAAGGUUAUCUACAGUACUGCAAAACAAAAUAAAAUAAAUCUGAAUAGUCAAAUGAAAAAGAACAUGUCAGAACAAUAUUCCAAAUGUGUUUU